CAUAACUUAAUGCAUGAACUUGUGACCUGAAAACGAGUAGCCUCAUUAACUUAAUCGGUGAAAAAUUAUUUGCUGACAACAGUAAACAAUUAAUGAGCCAGUUCCGUAUUUCAAACGAGCCACGGUCAUUGCUAAUGACCUCUGGAGUAACAAGUUCUUUAGGUUGUACAUGUAUUUCUAGAGGGCGCUGUUUGACAAACACUCAAAAUGUGAACUUUUUCGUGACCGCACUGAUUUUGUCACAAAUUCUUUCGUCGUUUUCAGCACUGAGUUACUGGUUACUUUUAAGUUUUACAACUACUGUGGUUCGGAGGAAAAUAACGGCAUUAUAUCAACUCUGAGUACACAUAGAGGGGUAUUGGCACAAGGGCUACAGUUGUCCUCGAGGCUCAAGCCUCAUGAAGUUGAUGCCGCAGGAUCAGGACCGGGGCCCCAACUCAAACUCAAGGAUACAAGAGUGUCCACCAUCUCAUCUUGUUCGUUGACUCCUUAGCACCAUGGCUUUCACCCUUCAUAUGAACUCCUUGGCCUUUGCUUUAACCGUAUUCGGCAACAAACUGACAGCGUCUGUGUUCCAGUUCUAUUACGUCAAGUUGUUUCUGAACCACUACCACAUAUCUGAAUCCUGGUUUUCAUUUGCCCAAGUGGUGUAUCUCGUCUGGAAUGCGGUAAAUGAUCCCCUGUUUGCCUACUGGCAGGACAACUCCCAGAUUAGAAUUUUCCGCAGCCGGAGACUGGCCAUCGUGUAUGGAGCCCCGCUCUUCAGCAUCUGUUUUCUGUUGCCAUGGUUUCCGUGGGGAAAUUACCAUGACAACAGCUGGCUUGUGGGUGUCCAUCUGACUGUGUCGCUCUGUGCCUAUGAUACACUUUUCACAUUUGUUCUGCUGGCUCACUGCGCGAUGUACGCUGAGAUUUCUUCCAAGCACGAGGAUCGUCUGCGCCUUACCAAGUACUGCCAGGUUGCGUCAGUUCUCGGAGCAACGAGUGUCAUGGGUGCAGAAUUUGUCUCUUCCAGCCUGGAAGACUUCAGAGCAUUCCAAAUGUUUUGCCUAGUACUGGCUUUAGUGAGUUGGUUAGCCAUGCAUUACACUGGUCGAAAUGUUGUGACUAUGUAUGACAGUGUUCCUAUUGAUGAUGCCGCGCCGGAUACCAGUGAUUCAAUGAGCAAGUCCUCUGCGACGAGACCCAGGGCCUGGACCCAAUUUAAGCAAAUUGUCUGCGAGAAAAACUUCCUCUCCUUUGUGACUAUGAACUUCUGUCAGAUACUUCACACCACAUAUGAAGCCAAUUUCUUGGCCAUUUUUGCCGACUUGCUGAUACCGUCAAGUGACUUACCUCCGCGGGCGCGAAGGAUGCUAUACGGUUCUGCAUUUGUCUUACCGCAGGUAUUGGUGCUGAUGCUUGGACCCGUGGCUGGGAAGGUUGGUUAUUACAAGGUCGUCUUGUAUUCAUUCAUCCUCAAGAUUUUCAGCGGUGUCGCCAUGUUUGUGAUUGGGCAAACUCAUACCUGGAUUCUGGCAGUCUUCUUCCUGAUUGAUAUGUGUGUUCCUGAUGCUAUCUUUUCAUUCUUCAAUCUACCCCUCUCAGAUAUCAUUGAUUACGAUAAGGACAAAUACAAUAGGAGGACUCCAAUCUCUUCCAGCGUGUUUGGUUACAAUGCGCUGUUCACCAAAGCUGCUGCUUCUGUUGCUCCCAUGGUGAUUCUGAAUGCACUGAACCGAUACGGGUACCAGACUCUCAUGCUACAAGACACGACACCGAAUCACCACACUGACACAGACUCGAUGGAGCAACUACACAAAGUCAUGUUUUUGCUGGCUUGCUGUAUCCCCAUUGUCAUCGGUUGUGUACAGAUGCUAGUCUGGUACCCUUUCUCCAUCAGAAAAAGCCAUAUUGUAAUACCAAAACACAUUGAAUCGUGAGGAAAGCCGCUGAGAUAAUGAGUCCCAGUUGGAAGUAUUCAUGUAGAAAGUUGAGACCUCUUAAGACCAUCAUAAGACCAAACAAGAAUGUCAGAGGACGCACACAAGACCUCCAAGUUCGAAUUUGAGUUGCAAGCUAUUCAGAUGCAAUAUUACGAAGGCAUUCUUGUCAUUGUUCACCCUGUUACUUGUGACUUCACUUUGAUGGUCUCAACUAGAGUGCUGCCACUUGAUGUAUCACACUCUUUACAUUGUACGUACAUUACCAGACCUGAUCAAGCACAAAUCACUAAGCUUGCAAGGAUUUUGUAUAAAUAACCUCUUACCAUGCUAAAUGCACCUAAAAAACCUAACUAGAUCUCUCUCAUUGGAUUCCAUCUUUGAAGGAAAAUUACAACUGCAUAUACAAUAUCGACAGGUGCGUGUGCAUGCAGUGUGCAAAUGUUCUAAACUUACACGUGUGUUGAUUCAAAUAUCUUUGAAAAACAGCAUAGCUGAUGUACAUCACAAAACUUUGAAGUUAAAAUGCUGAUGCAAUCUGUAGGGAGUGACGUCAUUUGAGAGAGACCUAUAGUUUUUUGACUGGGAUUUGUUUGAAAUGGAAACAACUGCUGCUUUUUUUUCAAACAUAGGUGGUGGAUAGCUUUGAGUCUUGAAGAUGCUUUUCUGUCUGUUGUAAAGGAUUUUUUUUUAAUCUGAAUUUACAGCUACACUGUUAGAAACAAAUAAGUCUGGAUAUGCUGAAAAUCAGACCAAACAAGAAGCAGACUGUAUAACUGCUUGAUUCUUUCACUUAGCCCAAUUUUUAAGAGGAGGCAAAAUUCUCCUGGAUUUUGUCAAUCUUAGGGAGUAGAAAAUAAUGUUUUGUUUCAGAUAUCAAACUUUGUUGGAAGAGUGAGUCGGAGAAAAAGGUUGUGGCUGAUAAAUCUCUGUGGAAAUCAUUCCUAGAAAUGCCUGUCAUUUGAGCAUUUCUUUGAUUGGUUAAUUUAUUUAAAUUCAUAUUUUAAAUAGAACAGAUUUACAAGCCAAGUGUACAAAUUAAAGGCAGGCAAAUUUGGGUUUUGAAGGUAUAUUAUAUUUCAAUGAUGUACCAGCUUCUUGGUGUAUGGUUAUUUUAGAAAUUUUAUUCUUUCAAAGGGUACUUUUUAUUCGUGGAAUCUCAUAUAAAAUUAUGAUUCAAAUGUUUGUUUCCUUAUAUUUUUCUAUCAUUUUUGCCCUAAAGGGAGAGCAGUAACGGCAUUUAUAAAAUGCAACUUAUAAACUGCAAGCUAUGACCACGAAAUGGUGUAGAGUUGGAACUAUUCACGGGUUAAUAUGGAGCUUCAAAAAGUUUUUUUUCCUCGCAGAAAUAAAAAUGGGCAUGCACAUACGUACAUGCUUGGUCUCAGCUUGAA